GCGCUGCCUGCACGCGUCGCUAGUGGUCGUCGCGCCAGGAACUGGAGGUGUCAAAUCUAUCAAUUCAGGACUGUCCAUCUGGCCCGCCCGCUCUUCCCAGUGUGUCGCUGUCGACUGCCCUCGAACAGCUCUUCCUCUAUCAACGCUGAGAAUGGAGACCUCAGAUUUCGGCGAGCCUCCAGCCAAGAAGCGCCGAUUCUUGAGCGGCUCGGACGACGACAAUGGCAAUAGCAUAGCCCCGAACCCGGUCCCCCACGUUAAGCCUGUCUCCUUGGACGAAACCUCUGGCGGGGACCCCUUAGAAGAGCCACAAGACAAUGUCAAACCCCUGGAUGAUGUCAAGCCCGAGCCUCCCACAGCUCCCGAGGAACCCAGCGGUUUUGACCGCCAGACCUUCGAAGCCUUUGUGGGUAGCGAGGUCAAGCCCGAGAUCCUCGCGGUCAUUCAGCAACAAUGCGGCACCGAUCUCGAACGAGCCGUCAACAUGUUCUUCGACGGCACAUGGAAAAACUUCAAGCUCAAGCCGAAAGGCCCCUCGCUCCCCAUCCAGUCGGCCGCCAGCAGGAAACCGAAUCCCGCCCCUCCGCCUCAACCAGCCAUCGUGGCACCGAGGAGGACGUUCCACGCGCGAUAUGUCGGGGCCUUUGGGGUCGAAGGCUGGGCUACGAGAAGCGGCACCGAUCUCUUGAAGCAUGGGGACGUCGUCAAGAUUGAGAGACAGAAGAUCCAGCCCCCCAAGCCUCCGACUAAAGGUCGGGGCGGCAGGCUCGGUGCGCCCCCCGCGGUCGGGCUCCGGGUCAGCGCCGCCAAGCGGGUGGAUGUGAUCGUCCGCUUCACCGACAAGAAUGGCACUGAGAUCGGGCGCCUGGCCAAGGACACAGCCAACUGGGUGUCGACGCUGAUAGACCAGCGCAUAUGCAAGUUCGAGGGCACCUGCGUGUACUCCCCUGAGCGGCUGCGGACCAACGACACCGUUUUCAUCCAGCUCCGGUGCUCCCUCCUACAGGAGGCCUUCGAGAAGAGGACUCUCAUGGUGUCUGACAACCGCAUCACGGGCAUGUUUGAAGAACAGGAGUCACAGGAGGAGCGCAACCUUCGCCUCCGACAAGUCGCUCUUGUCCGUCUUUUCCAGGAGAUCAACCUGAUGCCCAGCAAGUCCCACGCCACGGCGGCCAAGGACUCGCGCGAGGGCUUGCUCGAAGCGGCAGAGAUGGCUGAACAGAGACAGAAGCAGGCCCAGCAGACUCCAAACAGCGACAACCAAGAAUCUGCAGCAUCGUCGGAUGCUGAGGAUGGCAAGGAGCUGGAGCAGGAUCAGCUCGAUGCGCUGUACAAGAAGGCCCAGUCUUUCGAUUUUAACACGCCCGAAGCUGAGCCUGCGGAUACUUUCGCCAUGGAGCUUCGCCCUUACCAAAAGCAGUCUCUACAUUGGAUGCUUUCCAAGGAGAGAGACGAAGGCAGCUCGGAAAGGGAGCUUUCUAUGCAUCCUCUGUGGGAAGAGUAUCAGUGGCCAACGAAAGACUUUGACGACCGCGACGUUCCACAAACGGCUGGCCAGCCCAACUUUUACAUCAACCCGUACUCUGGCGAGCUGUCAUUAGAGUUCCCGGCACAGGAACAGCAUUGCCUGGGCGGUAUUCUUGCCGACGAAAUGGGCCUCGGCAAGACCAUCCAGAUGCUGAGCUUGAUACACACGCAUAGGUCCAAGAUGGCCCUGGAGGCGCGCAGGGCACCUGGAGAUGUUGUGAGCAUCAACAGUCUCCAACGCAUGCCGUCAGCUGGCUUCAGGAUUGUCCCUGCACCCUGCACCACGCUCGUGAUCGCACCCAUGUCGCUGCUGUCACAGUGGCAGAGCGAGACAGAAAAGGCGUCCAAAGAAGGGACCAUGAAGUCGAUGCUUUACUACGGCAGCGAAAAGAACAUCGAUCUCCAGGCCUUGUGCUGCAACCCCGCAACUGCCCCCGACGUCCUAAUUACCAGCUACGGCGUUGUUCUCUCCGAGUUCAGCCAGCUCGCGGCGAGGAACUCGAACCGAGACGGCCACCAUGGCUUAUUCUCGGUCCAUUUCUUCCGCGUCAUCCUGGACGAGGCCCAUAACAUCAAAAAUCGCCAGUCAAAGACGGCCAAGGCCUGCUAUGACCUCUCCACCGACCAUAGGUGGGUGCUGACCGGAACGCCAAUCGUUAACCGGCUAGAGGACCUGUUCAGUCUCGUACGCUUCCUGCGUGUUGAGCCAUGGAGCAAUUUCUCCUUCUGGAGGACUUUCAUCACGGUGCCUUUCGAGUCCAAGAACUUUAUGCGCGCUCUUGACGUUGUGCAAACCGUUUUGGAGCCUCUGGUGAUGAGGCGGACUAAGGAGAUGCGGACCCCAUCUGGUGAACUCCUGGUGCCCCUUCCGCCCAAGACGAUCGAAAUUGUCAACGUCGAGCUUUCCGAGCAGGAGCGCGCGGUCUACGACCACAUCAUCCAGCGAGCAAGAAACGCAUUCCAGGAGAACGUCGAGGCCGGCACCGUCAUGAAGGCGUACACGAGCAUCUUCCUCCAGAUCCUGCGGCUCCGGCAGUCGUGCUGCCACCCGAUCCUGGUCAGGAACCAGGACGUCGUGGCGGACGAGGACGUGGCCGGGGCCGCGGCGGACGCGGCGGCGGGCCUGGCCGAUGACAUGGACCUGCACUCGCUGAUCGAGCGCUUCACGGCCAGCACGGACGACCCGGCCGACGCAAACGCCUUUGGAGCCCACGUCAUGGAGCAGAUCCGCGACGAGGCCGUCAGCGAGUGCCCCAUCUGCGCCGAGGAGCCCAUGAUCGAGCAGACGGUCACGGGCUGCUGGCACUCGGCCUGCAAGAAGUGCACCCUCGACUACAUCAAGCACCAGACGGACCGCCACCUGGUCCCGCGCUGCGUCCACUGCCGCGAGCCCAUCAAUGCGCGCGACCUAUUCGAGGUCGUCCGGUACGACGCAUGCGAGGACGAUAAUGGCGACGACAUGCCAAAUGCAUUCCGACCACAAAAGCAGCAGCCGUCGGCCGGGCCACCGCGCAUCAGUCUGCAGCGGCUCGGCGUCAACAGCUCGUCGACCAAGGUGGUGACGCUGAUCCGGCACUUGCGCGAGCUGCGGCGCGAGCACCCACGCAUGAAGUCUGUCGUCUUCAGCCAGUUCACGUCCUUUCUCUCGCUCCUCGAGCCGGCGCUGGCGCGCGCGCGCGUGAGGUUCCUUCGCCUCGACGGCACCAUGGCGCAGCGGGCGCGCGCGGCCGUGCUCGAUGAGUUCCGCGCCUCGGACCGCUUCACGGUCCUGCUGCUCAGCCUGCGCGCGGGCGGCGUCGGCCUCAACCUCGUCGACGCCAAGCGCGUCUACAUGAUGGACCCCUGGUGGAGCUUCGCCGUCGAGGCCCAGGCCAUCGACCGCGUCCACCGCAUGGGCCAGGACCAGGAGGUCAAGGUCUACCGCCUCAUCGUGUCGGGGAGCGUCGAGGAGAGGAUGCUGCGGGUCCAGGACCGCAAGAAGUUUAUUGCCACGUCGCUAGGCAUGAUGAGCGACGAAGAAAAGAAGCUGGCAAGGAUUGAGGACAUCAAGGAUCUCCUGAGCUGACCCGAACCCAAGCCUGGCGACACGAUAAUCACGAAUUAUGACGGAGGGCCGGGUAUAGAGAGGGUGAAACGAAUUCAUUUGCAUAUAGAAGACGGAAGAAAACUCUUUUUAUAUGGCGCCUUUACUCCUAACUGGGCUCAACGAAGAGGAACGUGCACAUUGCGAGCGUACAACAAGCUUUGCAGUAACGGCUUGCCUUUUUCAACAUACUAUCGCAAUAUACAAGCUCACCACAGAAACGGCCAAAAGUAUGCACCAGGCAGAGACUGCCUACCCAGGAGGUGUUGGAGCGAAUGAUUGCACCUGUACUUGGCGUUUAUGAGAACUGGCGUAUUUUAGCCGUAAGAACGGGAUUUCCAUCCUUCACACAUCAAAACGAGAAAGCAAAAUGAGUGUGGUGGCGAGGGCAAAGAAAACAUGCUUCAAACGAGAGACCAGACACUGACUGGGAUGUGAACCGCCAGAGAAAAGGUGCUUGAAACAAGCGCACCGCCGUCGACGAGGUCCAAGCCUAAUAAAGAAAAAUAAGGAGAAAAGCCAAGGAGCC